GUAUUUCAGUUUCAAAACUUGGAUUGCCCGCCAUCUUGCAAGUCCGCCUAGGACAGUUAAACGUUUGUUUACUGAAUAGAUAGAUAUUGCGAAUUAUUUAGUCUCCGGAUUAAACGUUCUUGACUCCCGUAAACCCACCUUAAUAUAAAGGAUGGACUCUCGCUUCGCUCACCUGUACAAGCGGGACAGCAGUGUGUCUAUGAUCAGGCUUAAGAUGUCCAGACGUCGGUCUCAAUCACAGAAAGAAAACCGAGAGAAGAUCCAAAAUCUGCGCAGGCACCUCGACCAGCUGCCAGAGAUCGAGCUCUCAAUGGAUGCAUCCAGCAUCAUGGCCACCCAAGACCAAGCAGCCAAAACAAAGACAGCUAAUGAUGCAAAUGCUGCUGCUGCUGAGGAGAGGAAGAAGAUGCUCACUCGCUAUAAAGAAAACAAGAUGUUGCAGAAAGAGAAGGAAAAGCGGGAGAAAGAAAAGAAAGGCGUGUUUAAGGUCGGCCUGUAUAAGCCUCAGCCGCUCGGGUAUCUACCUUCCAACAUUGCUGCACCAGGCAGAGGCAAGAUCGCGGAGACUAACCAGUCCAUACGAGUAACCCGCUCAAUGAUGCAGAAUCAAAAGCCUGCAGUUGAAAGACAUGCUGUUCUAAAGAAAGUUGAGACCGUAUCGACCACCAGAGCCCCAACCAAGAACAACUGCAAAGCUCUUACUUCCACAAAAACCAGAGCAGCUACAGUUGAACCAUCUGUGAGAGCUCCAACCACACGAUCAGCUGCUAAAACAACACCGGCAGCUGUGGUUAAACCAGUUGCUGUUGAUUCAAGGGCUAUGAAAACGAGAUCAACUGUUAAAUGUCCUGCAGCGCCCUCUUCUGGCAGAGUGAAAGCCAUACAGGGCAACACGAAGACAAAUAUUGAUAAUAAGCCUGCUGAGAAAAAGGACACUGCAGUUAAUUCUCUGGUUCCUGAGGAAGAGGAACCCAAAGCUGCUCCCCCCUCAUUUGCUCCUCAGGGAUUCGUGUUCCAGCCUCCUGUUGGUCUGAGUUCCUUUGAGCCUGCGCCCCUCUCUCCACAUUCAGCCAGUGCCUUCCUCUCCCCGAGCUUACUUUCUGAAGCCAGCGGGGAGCCCAUCUUCCCCUCUCCCCAAAAACCUGUUCACCUUUUUCCUUCACUCUCAUCCCCUCCACCUUCUCUGUCAACCCUUUCACCAGAUCUUCCCACCACCCCUCCAUCAGUGUCCUCUCCCCCUCCUGCCCCAUCCUCCCCUCAGCCGUCCACCUCUGCAGCUCCUUUGGCCCCCUUGGAGCCUCAGCAUGAUGUUGCCUAUUUCAGGUCAGUGAUGGCCAGUGAGACCGAGCGUUUGACUGGAUUUUCUAAGCUGUGGGAGUCACGAUUUGAUGAUGCCUCAAUCCCGGAGGAGAUGCAAGACCGGAUGCGCACGGCUGUGGGCCAGGCCAGACUGUUGAUGAAAGAGCGCUUCGGCCAGUUCAGCGGGCUGGUGGAUGACUGUGAAUUGGGGCGCGGAGAGAAAAUAACAACCUGCACUGACUUGCAGGGCUUCUGGGACAUGGUGUACUUUCAGGUGGAAGAUGUUAACAAGAAGUUUGAUUCCUUGAAAGAGGCAGAAGCAAGGGAUUGGAAAGAGGAAGUCAGGCCUGUCGCCAGAAAGAGAGUGGCCAAAAAGCCUCCUGUCGUAGGAGGGAAGGCCGGAGCAGGUGGAGCUGCCAGCGCUGCAGUGAAGAGUCGACUGGCUGCUGUUAAGGCCGCCAUGAGAGCCAAGCAGGCUGAACAGAAAGCUUCUGAGACGUCAGACAACAUCCAGGACUAUGCAGAUUCUGUUCCUGCCGCCACUCUGCCUGCACAGACUGUGGUGUUCCAUGGAGGCUUCUUCCAGGUGGAAAGCCCAAUGAAACCAUUAGGUGCUGUCAGACGAUCAUGUCGAAUCAGUACAGUUUCUUCCCCCUGUGCUUCUAAGUUCAGCACUCCAGGCAGGCAGUGCAGAUCUAAUGCAGUCUCUCGUGCCUCCCCUCUACCCUGCGUGUUUGCUACUCCUCCUCGAAACCAUCAUCCCGAUGUAUUGCCUGUUUCCACGCCUCUACGUUCUGCUGAGCCCCUGUCACAGUCUCCCAGAGCUCUUCAGAUCAGCCCUGACCACAACCAAACCGCACAUGUUUUGCCAGACACAGAGCCCUGCUCCAACAGCCAACCUCAUGAUUUAAGCUCCACCUGUACCUCACACACCCAACCAGAGAUCAGUAAUGCAGCAGAAAACAGUCCAGUAGACCAAUCACGAGACUUUCCCAUCCAGUCCGAGCACCUUGCGGAUUCUUCGGACCCUCAGCUUGAGGAAUGCAUUCCAGAGUCUAUGCUCAGUCCUUCCUCCCAAGAGGAACCACAAGAGGACAUGGUCUCUGAAGAGAGUUUGCCUGCCCCAACUGGAGCAGAUGCCGGUCUAGAUACUCGUGCCCAGUGCUCAUCUCACACCUCUUCCUUAGAAGCAAAAGCACCUGCUUCCCCUGUCCUGAUGCCCUCCACACCAACCAAAGAUCCCAGCAUUUCUGCAGCUCUCAGUAAUGAGGUCAUUUCAGCCUGUAAUAGCUCCCCAACCAGAGAGCUUCACACAGAUGUUGAAAUGACUGGAAUUCAAGAUGCUGAGGAUGCUACUAGUUUGGACUUUGAGCGUUACCUGCAGCCAACAGUGAGAGACAGCAUGUCUCCGGGUCUUGCAGAAGAGAGGUUUUCCCUUGGGGUGGAGGAUGCUGAGAUGGAGAGUCCUGUGACUCUGGCAGAGGAGCGUCCUCUUGAUGUCUUGGCAACACCUUCAGCUCUUCCAAGAAUGGUGUUCACACCCGGGACCAGUCAGAUGUCAGACAAUCUGUUGCUGUUCACCCCAGAGCAGAAGGAGAGAGUGAGACCAUCAAUGUGUGAACGUGACCUGAUCAUGUUCACACCUCCCACAAACAAAUAAAAGCACAUCCACUCUUUGAAUGUGGAUGGUUUUCAUUUUUUUUUUUAUUAAAUUAGAUGCCUUUGACACUUGUA